AUAUUUUAAGUGUAUAUAAUAUAAAAAAAUUUUAAAUUUACAUUUUUUAAAUUGAAAAAAUUUGCCAUUAUUUCAUUUGUAGACUUCUACCACGUCUCACAAUAUUAUUACAAAGCUGUGACAAACGUUGACUAAUUUUUCGGUUUGUUCUUGCGUAUUAAAUGCACACAUUAUACACUACGACUAUGAGUCUACAAAUUUUCUGUCUAAGUGUAGUAAUAACGACAAUAGUAGCUACACAAGGGUAUGGAUUCAUUUUGGAAGCAUUAGAUGAAAAUGUCAAUACGAUAUCAAGGCCGAACAAUGUAAAAAAACCACAUCGUUCAUAUGUUAAUCCUUCGAAUCCACUUUCAAUGAAAAAUGCAUGGGUAUUAGUACAAUUAGAGCAAAAUAAUUCUAAACCUGUUCGAGUUGGCGAUCGUGUGGAAUUUAAUUGCGAAAUAACGGGCAGUCCAACUCCCAGCUUACAUUGGAUCAGAGGAAUUAAAACCGAAACAAAGAUUAAAGAAAUUUUAAAGAAAGGUAUUGCUGAUGUACCUUGGGAAGGAAUAACUCGAGUAGCUGGCAAAUUAGUUAUAGAUUGCGUGACACCUGAAGACGAAGGUUUAAUUUACUGCGCUGGUGUUGCUGGUAGAGAAAUUCAAUUAGCCAGCACUUUUCUAAGAGUUGACCAAAGUUUGAAGAGAACUUGUCAGGAAUCCAAUAAACCAGUGAUUAAUCUUAACGCUAAAUCAAUUCUUUCUAAUAUUGGCUCGACAAUCAUUAUUCCAUGCAGAACAAGUGGCAAUCCUCGACCGGAAAUAUACUGGCUUGAUAAUUUUGAGAAGCGUAUUAAUUUUGAUAAUUCCCGCUACAGUAUUUUAGAAAACGGCGAUCUGCUGGUUGAAGAUAUAAAGUGGGAAGAUAUGGGAAGAUACGUGUGUGUUGCAAAAUCAGGGGAUGUUGAGGUUUCAGCGGACACAUUCUUAUACCCUUUGAAGCCUGAGUUAGAUUAAAAUCUGUUAAUUUCGGAAUGAGGCUUAUACUAUGGACAUGAAAUGAAUU